AUGAGUUCGAUGUGGCUCAAAGCUGCGGGUAUUCACGUUGUCCACCUGAUCCUCCCUAGCUUAGGACAAUCUUGCCAUGGGCCGAUCGCCACAAACAUUACAUCCUCUCUCACACGGGUGUCAAAUACCGAAUGCAACAUUCGACGGAUCUCAGAAUACAAGGCAUCGGCACCCAAGAAAAUUUCCAGUGGUACAGCGCAGUUCCACGUAUAUGACUUGACCGCGUCCGGAAAUUUUCCGAAGUCGCGCAACCCGGCGCGGACACUGAAUGGCCAGGUCGCCGGAGAUAUAUGUCAGAAAUGUAAGGAACUCCGCUUUCGCAGCGACACUUAUAACCCGCGCUAUAAGGGGCGGAGGAAAAGACAACCAGUCCAAAAUCCCAAUAUUACGACCAAACCCGAGUGA